AUGAUAUCACCUUCAGUAUCCUCCGUCCAAACCUCUACUGGAUGCUCUCUUUCAACUAUUUCUCUUAAUUCUGUUAACCAAACCACUGGGAUAGUUAAUGAUUGUAAAUAGGAGAGCAUAAUUGCUCUUAUGGACAUUAUCUGUGAAGAACAAAGCAAAAACCGCAGAUUCUGCUUCCCUAAAUAAAAAGUAGUCUUAUAAAACGAGUAAACAGUCAUAAAUUUGAAAAAAACUUUUGAUCUAAGCGAUGCUUUGAAAAUUGUUCUUACUGACUCUGUUCUAUUUAAAUUUGAUGAAAAAAACACACAAAUCUACAUCGGAGUUUACAAUUAACAAUCUAUCGAAGACCCAGAAUGCUAACUUCUCCUUGAUUUAAACGAAGAGUCUCUUAAAUUAAAUUAGGUUCAUUUAAGCUUCUACCGUAAAAAGGAAAUCAACAAUGACAAAGUCGCUUUCAAAGCUGCAAAUUAAGAUUGCGAAAAUACUCCUAAAUUUAACAGAAAAAGAAACUUAGACGAAUUAGAUAGCAACUCAAGCCAAAUCACCUUCGUCCAUAUUUCCAAUAAUCCCAGUUUGAACCGCAAAGACUCCUGUCUAUCUUAAAACUCAAAUUAAGCAGCCAAUUAGAAUUAAGAGUAUGAAAAUUCUUAUAAGAAAAAGAAAUUGAACUCUUCUAAUCCUCAAAAUAUUGUUCAUUCACAAAGUAACGUAGGCUUCAAGACUGAGUUUGAAGACGCCAGCUCAGAAUAGAAGGAUUACUCUUCAAACAAAAGUCACCGUAAAGAUGAGGAUAAAGCAAGCCAAAAAAAGAGUUAAGAGAGAACUAUCAAAGAAGCUCUCGAAAUGGUCUGCAAAUGGAGAGAUCUUCAAGACUUUUAUAAAACAAAUAGCAUCACUAAAGAUUACUAGUCAGUAGCGGACGAGAUCGGAAUAUCAAAAAAGACUCUUGAUUAUUAUUAUCUCGAACUCCGUACAGCUGAAUAUUUCUGCUUCGACUUUGAUAGCAAUCUCGAUAAAAAGAUGGGAAUUCUGAGAGACUACAUCCAAGAAAGCAAAAAAAAUUUCCAAAAUCAGUUCAGUACUCACAAAAUUCCUCGUAAUUCUACUCUUAAGUAUAGAAUCCCAAAAAAAAUUGAAGAUUCAUCAUUAUAAUAAACAAAUAUUCAACCUUAAAUUGAAAGAUUAUAAUCAAGUCAAUACUAAUAACAAUCUAAUUUUACCAGCGCUAAUUAAAAUAGCAUCAAUUUAAGCAGUAACAACUCAUAAGCAAAUAUUUAAACACAAGGCUACAACUCAAACUUAAACAUUAAUAAAAAUUUGUAAAAUUUAAAUAGCAGCUCUCAUUUAAAUCAAAAAUGUUUUUACGAUCAAUAAAUAAUUUUGCCUUCUCUAUCAUCCCCCAAUCAGUCUCAAUCAUAAUAGCAGUACAAAGAAACAUAAUUAAAUUAAAGCAGCUUCCAAGCAUCAAACACAAAUUAUCCUAACAAUCACAACAUUAUAUAAAAUACUUCUAACUAACAAAAUAUUCCCCACAUAAAUCAAAAUAACAGCUACACCAACUCUACUAACUAUUACAAUGAUCACUCAUAUACUUAAAAGCAUGCUACCUCCUAAUUGAGCUCUCAAUCCUAAUAAUUUAUUCCAAAUAAUGAAAUUUACUAAAACUUCUUCAAUAAUACUCAAAGCGAUUACCCAAUGAAUUAACAAAGAAUUUCUUUCCAAUUACAAGACCAAAGCAUGGACUACAAUCACUAAUGUACACUCAAUUAGUAAAAUUCUUCAUAAGGUGCUUUCUAAGAUUCCCUAAUGUAAAAAAGUUACAAUGCCAAUAGCUGUGGCAAUUCAAAUAACUUUAAUAACAACAACAAUCAAAAUGGUAGAAUUCACUCGUGCCAAUAAAUUUUACAUUCUUUUAUUUGA